AUGAGGAAGUCCAAGAGGAGAAUGGCCGACAGUGACGAGAAGCGAGCCGAUAGGCUCAAGAAAUUGAGAGAACUGCAUAGACGACGGAAUGAGGCACGGCAGCUCAACCAUCAGGAGGUCAUUGAGGAGGAUAAACGUAACAAACUGCCUACAAACUGGGAGGCCAAGAAGAGACGAGCAGAAUGGGAACUUGAUGAGGACAGGAAGAAACAAGAGGCUGUUGAAAAGUUCUUGUUCCUCUUGAUCAUUGUCCUCCUCAUCAUCUCCCUCCUGGUUGUCUUCCUUCUCACUCACAUCUUGCAGCUUCCCUUCAAAGUCUCCUGA